GAAAUCUCCAAAUCAUCACUACAAUUCUUUCUUUCACACAAAAUCUGUUUCAUAAUUGAUCCGAUCAUUUGGUUUUGCGUUCACAGAACUCUAUCUAAUGGCGAAGCGGAGGUCGUGGUUUGGUUGGAUGAAAAGACUAUUCAUCUGCGAGGCGAAAGCAAAAGCAGAGAAGAAGCCAAGGAGAUUGAGAUGGGUGUUUAGGAGACUGAAGCUGAGACAGCAGAUUGCAACUUGUGGGCAAGAGACAAGGACUUUGAACGAAGCAACACAGGAUCAGAGAAAGCAUGCUGUGAAUGUAGCCAUUGCCACGGCUGCAGCAGCUGAGGCGGCGGUUGCAGCAGCCAAGGCAGCUGCUGAGGUUGUCCGGAUGGCGGGAAACGCCUUCACAUCACAAAAUUUUGUCAAGAAGCGUGAUCCUUAUUUGGCUGCUAUCAAGAUUCAGAGUGCCUUCAGGGCUUAUCUGGCCAGGAAAGCGUUGCGGGCGCUGAAGGCACUCGUAAGGCUUCAAGCAAUUGUUCGUGGCCGAGCUGUUAGGCGAAAGUUUUCUGCUUUAUUGAAAUCUUCUCCCUCCAACAAAGCUUCAACGUCAAGCAUCAUCAAGAGAAACACAGAGAGAAAGCAUUGGUCCAAGACCAACUCUGAGAUCAAAGAAGAGCUUAAGGUACCAAAACAUUUGAUCUGUAACCCGAAGGUCGAGUGCAAUGGUUGGGACAGUAGUGCUCUCACGAAGGAAGACAUCAAAGCUAUAUGGUUGAGGAAACAAGAAGGUGUGAUCAAGCGUGAUCGCAUGUUAAAAUACUCCCGCUCCAAUCGGGAGAGAAGAAGUCCUCAUAUGCUUCUAGAGUCACUUUACACUAAGGAUAUGGGGAUGAGAAGCUGUCGAUUGGAACAUUGGGGUGAAUCCAAGUCUGCAAAAUCCAUAAACUCAUUUCUCAUUCCAAGUGAAAUGUUAGUCCCUGCAAAAGUAAAGCUUAGAACCCUGCAGAGACAAGACUCUAGCGAUGGACAAGACUCUCCAUUUUCUUUCCCGAGGAGAUCUUUCAGCCGUCUGGAGCAGAGUGUACUGGAGGACGAGAGCUGGUUUCGAAGCUCCAAUGGCUCCCAGCCUUACAUGAAUGUAACAGAGUCUGCAAGGGAAAAGAUGAGAUCGCUGAGCACACCGAGGCAACGUGUAGGGCUGGAUUCUUGGUUUGAUAACUACAAGAAGGAUGGGGAUAAUAAAGUCUCCCUCUGGUCUUCUUUUGUCUGUGAAAAUAGUAAGAUCAACAGCACAAAGAUCACAUACCAACAUAAUUGUUAAAUCUUGAAAAUUUUCAUGUCACUUUCUUUGGUUUUUCUCUUUGUUUUGUUUUUUUGGUCUCAUAUCUCAUGUUCUUUAUAGAUAUGCUUAUGAAGAGGGCUAAUUCUUUGGUGUUUGGUGUCUGCUUCUGUUCUUUAAGGAAUAGGAAGCAUCUUUA